UUUGUGAUUUAGCGCGAAGUUUGAAAUUUCAAUAUGGCGGCUGGAAUAGAACCAUAACAAAACAUGAAUUCGACCAGUGCAUACGUUUUAUUGUAGCUUUGACAUGAUUUUUGAUAAGAUUUUAACAGAACUUUCAGAAUAUUUAUUGUGCGUGUUAACUUUUACCAAAUUUGAAAUCUGACAGGACCGUAUUCCUACGAAUUUUAGACAGCUUUAGAACUUUCACAUUAAACUAUUCAAAAUGGAGAAUAUGGAGAAAGCUUCGAUAAUCAAGACUGCAAUUAUGGCAGCUAACCAGUACAUUUACAGCAAAAAUAACUCCAAUAUGAUUUUAUUCCAACACCAAUUGGACGUUCUCUUAGGCAUAACUUCUCGUGGCUCAGACCUGAAAUUCUUCCAUCCACGGAACCUUCUCCCCACAGAAUGUCUGACUGUCAUCAUUGACAUCAUGAGAGAAACUGGUGAAAUCAAACCGUCACUUAUCAUCAAGUGCCUUCAGCUUCUACGAAAUCUGGCGGCAGACAAGGAUAUCAGAGAAUCUUUACACGAGUCUUUUAAUCUUACGCCAGUCUUGGUGGACAUUAUAAAACACACCUGUAGCUCAGCAGUCAACUCCUUGUGUAUGGAGUCUCUCCAUUUGUUACAAAGAAUUACGUAUGGACACAAAAUGGUUCUACAAGAAUCAUAUGUACAAGAACUGCUUGAUUUUAUCAUUCAACAUAUAACUGAUCCAGCAGAAGACUGUACACAGGUCUGUCUGGGCCUGCUGGUCAAUCUCUGUAAAGACAACUUUGCUGUACAGACCCACCUCAAAAACCUGGAGAAUUCCAAACGACUGAAAAGGACUCUACUGAAGCAUAUAUCCGGGUCAGAGAGUAACCUAGAUUUUAUCAUAUACUCUAUUUCUGUGGUCACCAGUGUGUGGCUUCAUGACCAGGAAUAUGACAUGGUUUUUAAGCCGUCCAACCUGAAUCCAAUGUUCCAGUCUAUCUUUAACAUCAUAUUAAAGGGUGAGACCGGGAUGUCUCGGAGAUACGGGGUGGAUCUGUUUAAAGAAAUCCUCAAGGACGGACAGAUUCAGAGCACCUUAUCAAAAUUCAGUCAUCUUUCUGCAUAUAUAGACGCUAUUUUGAAAUUGAUCCCAGCAAGCUCAACUGAAACAGUAGUGAUGAUAUUUGAGUUGCUGCUGUGUUUCUGUUCAAUAGAGGGUGUUCGGAGUCGGAUUUCUAGAAGUGUCUUGUCGACCCUGGAUUUCAAUAGCCGCCAACAGUUUUCGGACAUGCUGAUUGGUCCAGUUAAUCAGGUCAAAGAGCCGCUCCUGGCCACAGUUCACUGGGCUCAACAGUCGCCCGACACCCACGAUGAGGCUCCACUGUAUGCACUGGACUUCUUGACAGAAAUUUAUGAAGAGCUGAUAUACUCCAACACCAGAGUGAAGUACUCGGCUCAUGCAGACCUCAUUCUCCCUGUUCUUCUUUCUUCGCUGAGCUCAGAGAUAGACAUAGACACAGACCUGUGUGUGCCUCGGAAACACUGCAAGAAGAAAGUCAAGUCUCUACAGCUGCUCUCAGUGUUAUCAGGGGAGGAUGACAUCAGAAAGAAGAUGGUGGCCAUGUUGAGCCCCUCGGUGUACACCCAGCUGCUGGACUUCCAGUUGAUCAACAAUCGUGUCACCUUGCACGUCAGCAAGGUGUCCCUGGGGGGUGAGGACUGGAGUGAAGAGGGAGUGCAUAUAGUGAUAUUUUGCAUGGAACUUAUGUCAAAACUCAGGAAAUACAUGCCUAAUUUGGAUGGGUUGUUCUGUUCCUUACUGCAGGACAAUAAACUGGUUCCCUUCCUGUCAGCUGGACUAACUAGUGCGGAUCGGACAGUAGUACAGACGGCCCUGCAGCUCUUUACCUUCGGCACCUCUCUGGAUGCUUUCCCCACUGUGUUAAUUGGAGAUUCUAUGGCCAGUUGCAAUGCUAGAAAAAGGGAAAUGACAGAAAAUGCUGGUUCCACUCCUCUAACACUUGGAUCCACCUUCAAGAGCAUGCAACCUCCAGUGUCCUUGUCACAUAACCAUAAUGGUGACUUCUCCAGGUCAUCCAGCAGUGAUCAAGAUGCCUCUGUGCAGUCCAUCAUCGAAAAAAUGCAGACAGGUCUAGAGAAUGGAUGGGAAGAUUUUGCCAAAGCAGUGAAAGAUAUCAAUAGAUCUGAAAUAAUAGAUAUCUACGAACACAAAAUUCAAGCUUUCCAGACUAAGGAGAACCACCUGCAGGAUCUUCUGGAUGCUAAGACGUUGGCGCUGUCCCAGGCAGACAGACUAAUCGCCCAGUACAGGUCCCGCAGGGCUCAAUAUGAAGCAGAGGCACACAAAAUGCGUAAGCUUCUGAAGGACUCGGAGCUGCAGUCUGAGGAACACAGGGAGAGACUGAAUGACAUCAUGCUGCAGAAGGAGAAACUGAGUGUGGAGUUGGAGCAGCUCUCUCAGGAGUACCAAAAGUUGGAGCACAUCUCUGAAGAGCACCAGCAUCUGUCUGCUGCCUACUCCGAUAUCACUGAUCGAUAUGAAUCGUCCCAGAAAACCUUGCUGUCUCUGAAACAAGAACUGAAGACCUUGACGGAAAUGCAUGAGAUUCUGCAGAAACACAAUGAAUCUCUGAAGCAGCAACAUGAUCUUGCAUCUGAACAGUUAUCCAAACUUCAAGAAGAAAGGAAACAACUGUCUAAACAAUUGAAAGAGAAGGAGACCAAACUUCACGAGUUGACAAAGACUCACUCCAAGUUGGAGUCUAAGUAUGAGAAGGCGGAGAAAGAGAGGGCAGAGCUAGAGACAGGGUUGGACAAGAUGAGGGACACCCUCAACAAGACAGAGCAGACAAGGAAACAGUUCCAACAGCAGGUAUCCUCACUGGAGCUGGUAUGUAAACAGCAUGAAGCGGACUUGUUGUCUAAGGAUGAACAGAUCAAAGAACUGAGCACUCAGCUGGAAAAACACACUCAGAUAGCAGCCCUGAUCCACAGCCUCAGUAGUGGAAAAUCCGAAUCAGGUGCCAGUGUCGCCAAGUGAUCAUCAAGAUAAAAAAGAAAAACAGACAAAAUGACAUCAUACCGCGUGGGCCAGUGGAUGUGAUAAAGUGCGAAUUGGUGUAUAAUAAGUGAUCAGCUGUGACCAAAAGACCCACAUUUUAGUGUAGAAACUGACUGUUAACUAUAUUUAUGUCAAUGUGAUAUUUGAUUUUACUUCAAUCUAAAGACCUCUUCAAGAGUCUGAGCUUAGAAAAAAAUCACACAUCCUGAAUGAAUUUCCAAUUCACCUGAGGAUUUUGACAUCUUUUUUACAUUUCAGGUGAAUUAUUAUUUAUUUUAUCUUCUUUGUAAGUUGUAAAUGAAUUUAAUAUGUUUAUGUUAUAUACAAUUUUACAUGCA